AUGAUGCUCCAGUUUAAAAAUGUCCAUGACGUCAUGAAACAAAACUACUUCAUCUCUCUGAGUUUUAGCUCAGAGAACGCAAGUCUUACUCUAAUCCUCAUCUACAUCCUCCUCACGCGAAUAAUCAUGUCUAGACCAAACUUCUCAACUUCCACAGGAAUCGGAGGCGGUGACCCAAACCGGGACUACAACCCAACCUCCACCGACAAAGACCAACAACCCGCAGGCGAGUUCGGUAAUUACGGCGGAGGCGUCGGCGAUCGUACACAAGGUUCUGGUGAAUUUGGUCAGGGAGACGUACAAGACUUGAGUAUGGCAGAUCAAUAUGGUAGUAGUGGCGGUUACCUUCCGAGUAGUGUGAAUAAUGAAGAAGGAAGCCAGCCAACAGAUAAGAUGGGAAAGAGUGGAUCGAAAUAGUGGUACAUCUUAGUACAGAGCUUGUGCUCACGUCUUUGUAUUACAAGCUGGAACAAUAUUUUGAUACUAUAAUUCGUCGAACACUGGAGCGAGCAUAUAAUAAACGGACACGGGCGGAGUGGAGUACCAUAUUUGAUCUGUUUCAAUAUUCCACACACGGACCACUUAUUAGGCUUGGAGCAAUAGACUCGAGAAUGCCUAAAU